AUGCAUGAUCCUGGAGAGCAACAUAUGAAUGCAGUUAUGCGCAUUUUGAGGUAUUUGAAAUCUGUUCCUGGAAAAGGAAUUUUGUUCACUGAAAAUGCUGGUUAUCAAAACACAACUGCAUAUACUGAUGCUGACUGGGCUAGAGCUAUAACUGAUUGGCGAUCUACUUCUGGUUACUUUACUUUUGUAGGAGAUCUUAGACACAAUAACCUAAGUGGUAACAUUCCAAGUAGGAUUGGCAAACUUUCCUCAUUGAGCAUUCUUCUCCUCAAAUCUAAUAGUUUCGAGGGUGAAAUUCCUGUCCAAUUGUGCCACUUGGAAGGGUUAACUAUACUGGAUCUUUCUGGAAACAAUCUUUCUGGUUCCAUACCUAAUGGCUUUAGUGACAUACCUUUUAAGGCAAUGCACGACGACGCAACGACGGUUGUGACACAAGUUGUGGAGUUCACCACAAAGAGUAGGUUGUAUGCAUACAGCGGUGAUAUACUUGACUACAUGUCAGGAGUGGAUCUCUCUUGCAACCUCUUAAUAGGUGAAAUCCCAUUUGCCAUUGUAAAUCUAAGUGAGAUCCAUGCACUAAACCUGUCGCAUAACAAUCUCAUUGGUUCAAUCCCAGCAAAUUUCUCAAAGUUAAAGCAAGUGGAGAGUUUGGAUCUUUCGUACAAUAACUUGAAUGGAACAAUUCCUUCUCAACUUAUUGAGUUGAAUUCUUUGGCAGUCUUCAGUGUGUCACACAACAACUUGUCAGGUAGGACUCCGGACCAAAAGGCUCAGUUUUCAACCUUUGAUGAAAGCAGUUACGAGGGAAAUCCUCUUCUUUGUGGACCUCCACUACGCGACAGUUGCAGUACUAAAACAGGACCACCAUCGAUAUUGCCUUGUCAGUACUCUUCAGAAGAGGAAGGUUUUAUGGAUAUGGGGGUUUUCUAUGUGACUUUCACGGUCUCUUUCAUAAUUGCAUUGUUAGGAAUUGUUGCAGUUCUGUGCAUAAAUCCUUAUGCGAGACGAGCAUGGUUUCAUAUCGUGGAAGCUUGCUAUUAUUUUGUUCUUGACUGCUUUCUCAAGCUGUCCAACAAACGAGGGGGGUAG